CCCACAACACAUGCUCCAAGCCAGCCGCCGUCUCGCCGAGUACAGAAACACGCACAGAUCAUGUAGUACUCGUAUGAAGGCUGAUGUCGACAUUACCCCACGUCGCUUGCCCUUCCCGACGCACGAACGGUUGUUGCACUCGCGCGUCUUUGCCGGCCAUGGGCUCAUCUGGGGUAACUAGACGGAGGGAGACGAAUCCUUCGGCGCAGCGUACCCGCACGUCUUCUGGUCCCGGUUGCACCCACGAAUCGUGAAACGGAGCACAGGGCCGGAAUCCGGAUAAUAACCGAAUGCGCCGUUUCGACAGGUGGGCACUAAAAAUACCCCGCAGCGCCGCGGGGAAUUUCGCCUCGCACACAAGAUGAACCGCAAGAUCGGGUUCGACAAUCGGCUGUGCUACCAGCGCGAAGUCGCCCGAUGCCAGAAGAUUCAUCAAGACAAGCUCCGCCACAUCCAGCCCACGUCGUUGUCGCCGGCAAAAGGCAAACUCGACAACACGGCGCCGCAACAGCACGCCCACUUGAAGGCUAACUUCAAGAAAGCUCAAAUGGACUCGGACAAGUACAAACAAAUUUACGGUGAAAACCAGCAACUGAUGCGUAAAAUGCUCAAGAUCUGUGACGCGGCGCCGUCCGACGCAGCAGUCGAGUUUCGUCCUGGCAUGCGCCUCAACACGGACCAAACCCCCCUCCUCGACUCGUACGUGUCAGUGCAAUCCCUCACACGCGGCUGCGCCAUCGACAAAGGCAGCAUGAACGGCGAGUUCCGCCAGCGCCAGAACGACAAAAUCGAAGAAGAAAACAGAAAGCUGAUGCACCGCCUCAUGACGAAAAAGUCAUGCUACAGCGCUCGAAAAUGGGACGCCGAGUACAAACAAUCCCUCAGGAAGUUCAAGCACGUGCACCAGGACGCCACCGUGGGCUAUUUGUCUCCCAAAUCACGAGCAGUCACAGCGUGUGCUGCCGCCGCAUCAACCUUACCAAGCCUUGGAAACCCUCACCCCGACGCGGCCACGGACUCUGCCGAGAAUACCAGCCCGCCGUUGUCGCCGUCUCCGCCGCCGCCAUGUGGUCAUAUGGACGGAGGAGGACGGGCAAGGUCGACCACUGGAUGUACCCACCGGUCGUCUGCAUUCAUUCGGCAAGCCAGCAAAACCCAAGUGCCGCCCUCGCGAAAACAAACGUACAGAACCAAAUGCGUGCCAGUGCUGCUCUUGGAAGCAACGACAUCGAUGGGAGUGCACUUUACCGUGGAGGAGCUGCAAGUUGCGAUGGUGACCCCGUCCGCUACACGACUGGGCGACUUGGGGUUUCUGUUGAGGGCAAAGAAGGAUGCGAACGAAGGCGAGUCGGUCGUGCCUUUGAAGGGCCUUGUCGACGUGGCGCAGUCGCUUCCUCCCGCCGACGGCCGCCCAAUCUUGGCCAAGCUUGCCACGAUCGAAGCCAUUCCAAACGUUGGCAACUUUCCACGAGUGUCGCAGACGCUGGACGAGUCGGAUCUGAAGCUGGUGCUCGUCAAGCUCGUACAAUGCAUUCGAGUGAGCAGCAUUCAUGGCGCCACGGACGCCGCCGCAUCACUCAAGCUCACGGUGGAACACAUCGAGCACCUCCGACGCGACUUGCAACCAGCAGCGGGGAAGUUGACGGUCGCGAAUUCGUCCAUCUUGGACCUGAUUGCCCAAGGCAUGGUACCCCCGCGCUUCGUGCUGCGAGGGAAACGGGCCACAAUCCACCUGUGCCACGCCCGAGUGUUUCAGCUACGCCGCCUCCUCACGUUCCAUGCGUUCGACGUGCGCACGCACAACGUCGUCAAUUUUCAGUUCACUGAGGAAGACCUCCUCCCUCACUUUCACAUCUCGCCCCUCUGGCCUGACAUCUAUCGAACGCUGUUUAAGCUCGCCAUGAAACGUAUUCGAAUCUAGACUUGUGUCGGUGGA